CAUGCAUAUUUUAACUCAAUUCUCUUUUUUUCUUCAGCUCUUCUACCAAUCCCCUUAAUAAUCCUAGAAGACAAGGUCGAGCUGAAAGAAGAAACGAAGGUGAGCUGCGUGUUACCAUCCAGUGACUGCCACUGCUUAGAGGUGGAGCUAAAAAUCAUCACUAAAGAGAAGCUCAAGAACUGUGUCUCCCAUAAGGGGAACUACGCCAAUGUCACCUGCACACUGGAUGUCACCAAGGAGAUGAAUGGGAUGGAGCUAUCCUGUGAAGCUCACUUCAAAACAAAGAGCAAGCCUUAUAAGCUGAACAUUCAGACUGAGCCUGAGUUCACAGACUGCCCUGAGAAAUUGGUGUGGCUUGAUGGACAGGAGAACAGCUUCCACUGCAAGGCCAAAGGAUACCCCCUACCCACCGUGACCUGUGAGAAGAAUAACACCAUCUAUAAGGAUGAAGAGAAAUUCGCAGUGAUGAGAAAUAUGUCUGGAGAAUAUAUUUGUAGAGCUACAAACUUUGACACAGUCAUGAAACCAGUAACGGUGUCUGUAGAGUAUGAGCCUAAAAUACUGAGCAUUGUCGUGGAGCCCUCCAUGACUGUGCUGGAAGGGGCAAAUAUAUCACUGACUUGUGAGGCACAGAUGCAGUACCCGCUCCGACCUAUAGCUGGCACCCUCAGACGCCUCAUGUCACAUUCUUUCAUGACAACAGGACUAUACAGAUCAAGGAGGUGACCAGCGCCCAUGAAGGCUUCUACAUCUGCAUAGCACAGAACAAGCAUGGGAUCAAGACACUGCAACAGAGAAUUGUUGUGGGCAGGGAAGAGAUAGAGGCCCAAACAAAUCCAGCCCUAUUUGUGCAAGACAAGAACAGAGGUGACAAAACGGAAGCGGCAUUCUCCAAGAUUCUGACCCUGUUGUUAUCGUCAAGUUUAUUUUAUUAUCUCUGUUAA